AAAGUUUAAAAUAGAAGGAGCGGGCAAUGUCCAAAAAUACAUCGUAUUUCUAGCUAGUCCUUGAUAUCCAGUACUUUGGAAUGACAAUUGAAACAUGUCAGAAAUCCAAGAAUAUUGUUCUUCUGUUGGAUAUGUAUCCUUAGAUAAUACAACAAAUAAUAAUGAAAAUGAUCAAUCAAAAGUGAUUACUCCUUUAGAAGAAACAAGGAAUGAAAUUUUACAUAUAGUUGACAAGGAUCCUGUCAAAGUACAAGAUGAUAUAACAAAACUGAAUGAAACUACAAUAUCCAACACUUCAAACUUUUCUGAAGAUGAUCUAAUAUUCAAGUCAAUAUCAGAUAUAGUUGCUGUUAAGGAUGAAUCUCAUGAGGUAAGCAAAGACAAAAACGAGUUGAUAUGUAAGUUAGAAGAAGAAGUAAAGGAAAGAACCAUCGAACGAGACAUGUAUCAAAAAAAAUUAGCAGAAGUUGAACAAAAGUUGACUGAUCUAGAAGCAUCGAUUGCUAUGACUAUCAAGAGUGCUGAUAAUAAUGAGAAUGUUCCACAUGUAACAUUGACAGAAUUGAAAAAUAAAUUAACAGAGACAAUAAUGCAAUUAGAAGAUCGUGGAAUUAUUGUAGCUAAUCAAGAGAAACAGAUCAAUGCUCUUAAUGUACAAGUAUCAACAUUAAAAGAAGUAGUAGCUAUUACAAGAGAUCUUCUGCAAAUUCGUAAUACAGAAGUUAAACAUUUACAGGCAGAGGUUGAUAAUAUGGAAGCACGAAUUGCUGAAGAACGGGAAAAACACAAUACAAUGAUGUCCAGAAUGGAUGAUGCUGUACGAUUAAAUUCUGAUUUAAAGAAAGAAUAUGAAACUCAAUUAAAUCUCUUUAAAGAUUUACGUAUAAAAUAUGAUGAAAAAAUAAAUUUACUUUCAGAAGAAAAACGAGCGCUUGAAUUAGCAAAUCAGUCUACAAACAAUUAAGUAAAAAAAGAAACAAAAAAUUAAAAUGUGAAAAAAUAUAACUUAUAACACAAAUCUUCAUGAGAUAUCAUAUUUAUACAUAUUUACAAAUUUCUAAUUCUAAUAGCUACAUGUGUAGUUAUGCAUACAAAAUCACAAAUAAAGAUGAAAAAUACGUGUUAAUGCGUGAUGCGUAGUAAUAGAAAAUCAUUUAACUUAUUGUAAAUCAUAAUCUUGUAAAAUUAAAAAAUGAUGUAACAAUGGUAUACAUAUUGCAACAUAUAUAUUUCUAUUGAUAAUA